AUGCCUCCAACUACUUCCCUAAGCACGCUCUCCCCUGAGCUGGAUUUGGCCAUUCUUGGCCAGCUCUCCUCAGCAAAAGAUCUCUACGCCGCAAUCGCCGUCUCACCAACCUUCUACCAUCUUUUCUCCAACUACAAGCGCUCCGUCAUCUCCAGCGUCUUGCGAAAUGCUAUACCACGCGAGAUCGAGAAGGAGUUUGUACUGGCAUACCACGCCCAGAGCCUCUGGGCGUAUGUCUACGAGCCGCCUGAUACGGUGAUCCGGCAGCAGAUCUUUGAUCCCGAUUCGCCGGUUUCGCAGGAGAUUGUGGAGGAGUUUGAAGUCGAGACACGGGCGGUAUUGAAGAUGGGGCAGGACGGAGAGUGGCCGACUCUAUCUUCCCUGAGUGCGGACCCGGAGGUGUUGAUGGACAUGUGGGACUUCUAUAGGAAGUUCGAGGGUUUCAUGCUUGAGUACUCCGAGAAGGCGCUGGCUGAGUUGCGGCGCUUGCCGACUGGCCUUGACAAUGACACUAACAUGGAUCUUGACCCUGAAGCUGACACUACCAGACUCCCCAUCUCGAUAACCGAAGAAUCACGUCUCAAGCGUGCGUUCUUCCGCUUCGAGCUCUACACCUGUCUCUUCCAAUUCUCUCAGGUAACGUACGGCGACUUAUAUAUCCAGUUCGGCCCGGUUAACCCAUUGCCAGCGGAGGAAUACCUAAGUUCACUUUGCGGCUGGGAAGCCGAAGAACUCGCCUGCGUUGCACAGUUCUACAGUACCCUCGUCGAAGGGCUCUGUCACAAAAUAGACGCCGAUUUCGUCGCGCGAGUCAAGGCGAAGGCCAAGGCGGAUGGCGCAGCACUGACGGCGCCUGGGCUAAAGGUAAACCGAGACAGCGUGAACUACUGGCUCAACUACCACAACUUCAGGUGGUUCAGCGGGUCCUACAAGAAACGCUACCGACGAAUCCACAUCGACUACAUCGUCUCCCGCGGGGUAUUGGCCCUGUCGAAAGUGACCCGUGCGCCGUUCCACAUCGCGCAGGAGAUGAUCCUGCAGUGCCAUCUUCUGGCAGAGGGUCAGACUUCUAUUGUGACGGACUUGCACCGCUUGUACCCCUCUGACUCCGUUUCACACAAUCCAGCCCCUGCUCAGAGUACUGACUUGGAACAGAUCACUGCCGCAGCGGCAGCGCUCGCCCUUAACCCGGCCGGCACCGCCACCGCAACCCUCAAGAUCGGGUUCCCAGGCUAUGGCUUCAAAAUGGCCGUUGCCCGCACGCCCGGGCGUCGGUGGGAGUGCAACGCGCCUGGCAACCGCGCCCUUCGCAGCGUGGGGUUUCUAUUCUGGGACGAGGCGCGACUUAGGGCGGUUCAGCUCCUCACUGUGCCUGCGGGUAAGUCUCCGAGGGGGCAUAGGAAGAAUGUGCAAGACGUCAGUGUUGAGAAUGCGCUGGCGGGCUUGAAUGUUCGUCGUGAGGUUGUCGUGGCUGUUUUGGGGGACGUCCUGGGUCCCGAAUGGGAGGGCAAAAGCAGCACUGGGAAUGGACAGGCAGGGGAUGCCAUGGAUAUAGAUGGCGGGAGCGGACACGGUAUGGAUCCGAGGUUUGAUAUGCACUGGAGGGAUUAA